CCCCAACUCUUUGAUUUUGUUUCGAUUUUUGCAUGUUUCUGUUUCGAUUUUGUUUGUUUUUCUGUUUUUUUGUGUUGUUUUAGUCUUGAUCUUGUUAAUUUAGUGAAUGCGUUUGUUUAUUUGCUAAUUUUUUUGGACUGUUUUUCACCGAUUUUGGUUAUGUUUUUGUUACUUGAAAUUUCUGUUAGGGGAAAUGAUUUUUCGUUAAAUCUAAGUAUGUUUUUGUUUAUUCUACCUUGAUUUUGACAUUGUAUUUACCAGUAAGCAUGAUUUUGGGUUUAUCUUGUUUGUUCUUAGUUUGUUUAGUGUUGUUACAUGGAAUUUUUCUGGAUGGAGUUGGUUUUUCACCAAAUCUGAGUAUGUUUGGCUUAUUUCCCCUAAUUUUCACACUGUGUAAGUUGGAUUUUGCUGAUUUUGAGUGUGUUUUAGUAUUUUACAUGGGAGAUUGUUGUUCGGAAGUUGAUUUUUCUUCAAAUCUGAGCAUGUGUAGACUACACAGUGUAGUUCGUAUCUACUAUUUGGUACAUUGUAUCCUACCAAUUAUGUUGUCUUGAUUAUGUUGAUACUGAGUGUAUUGAGUAUGCCUAAAUGAUUUAUUGUAGUGGAAAUGAUUUUUACUCUUGAUGCUGUUUAUUUACUUUAAUUUGUAUACAAAAAUUUGUUCAUAUGGUCAUGGAUGAUAUGUUUUGCAGGAGGAUUUUGUUAGUUUGAAUUGAAUGUUUUGGAAUUGUCGGAUUAUUUAAGUGAUAUAACUUCCUCUAUUGUCUUUGUUAAGUAUGAAAUCUAUACUCAAUUGGUUUAUGGAGACUACCUGUUUGGUUUUUUCGUUUUGUUUGUCAGUAUGAUUACGUUCUUGAUCUCUGUUAAUACUAAUUAUUCUGCAUGAAAAUGUUUUCGUUGAAGUUGAUUUUUCUUUUAACCUGCAUAUGUUGUGUAUUCCUACUAGAUCAGGCAGUAGUAUUAUACUGCACUGGCGAAAAAUUUGUUUAUCUUUAAGAUUUUGUCAGUUUUCUUAUUAGAUAUAUAUGUUUUCUUUUUGGCAAGCAUGAGUUCUGUAGUUGACAUUGUUCAGUUUUGUACAUUUAGGAAAACGAUUGUAAGGGAUUAGUAGGAGUUAUUUUCUGCGAGGUUUUCAUUACCUGCUUUAGUUGUACGAAACAAUGUAGAUAGCUGAAAGUUGGAGAGGCUUGCAUUACUGUGCAGAGUAGGAGUAGAUAUUAGCCAAAAAGGAUGUCUAGAUAUCCGGAGACGGAGCUAGCACCAGUAGUGGUUCAAGCUCAGCCUGACGUUGAGGCUGAUCCACCUGCUGAGCUGAACCGUGAUGAACUUUUUGUCUAUCCUUGGAUGGGUGUUGUUGCGAACCUUCCUACCGAAUUGAAAGAUGGAAAAUAUAUAGGAGAAAGUGGUUCUAAGCUCAGAGACCAGUUCAUAAGGCAAGGGUUUAAUCCAGUGAAGGUGCAGCCUCUUUGGAAUUGUCGUGGUCAUUCAGGUUUCGCUAUUGUAAUUUCUAACAAAGACUGGCCUGGGUUUCACAAUCCAAUGUCGUUCGAGAAGUUCUUUGAAGCGGAUCAUCAUGGGAAGCGAGAUUGGUAUGCAAAGAAGCACUAUGAGACUAGUCUGUAUGGCUGGGUGGCGCGAGAUGAUGACUACGAUGCUGGAAAUAUUGUUGCUGAACACCUGAGAAAAAAUGGAGACCUAAAAACUACCGCUGAUAUUUUCUAAUAACAUUAUAAUGAACUUUCUUAAUCAGGUUCCCUCCCAAUACUGUUCAAUUAAGCAUUCUGGUUUUCGUGGGCUUGUUCCUAAUACAUUAUACCAUUAAAUUCACAAUUGUAAAUUAAAGAGUCGUCCAAGAGAGAUCUAUGCAGAAUCAUACACUGCGAAUGUAUAAAAACAUUCAAGAGGAAAUGUUUCUUU